UUGUAGGGCAAAUCUCUAAACCCCAAGUCCCUUCUUCUUCUUCUUAAACCCUGCAAUUUCAAAGUAGAGAUUUCACCUCCAAACAAAACCAUCAAUGGAUGUGGAAGAAGAUAUACCAACGGCCCAAAAAUCCACUCCUAGAAAACGUGGAAGGCCUGAAGAUGAUUAUGAUCGUGGAAUUAACCAAUCCACCGAAAAAAGAAGAUUAAACGCAAUCAUAUUAGCAAAUUCAAAACCAAGUUAUUGCCUAAAGCGAGGUGUAGGAAGUUUACACCAAGAUUUUCAGAGUUUACGGUCUGAACAUAGGCGAAGACUUCGGCGUUUACUGCAAAAAUUGAUGCGGCAACAUAAAUGGGCUGAGGCUAGUGGUGUAUUAAGCGUACUUCUUAAAGGGACUGUACAAGAAAAAGCCAUAUUGAAAACUCGGAACAAGUUUACGGCUACUUUGGAGCUUAUUGAGCAUAUAAAAGGUGACACUAUGAGUACUAGAAGGAUACAGAAUAUUUAUGAGCUUUGGAUGAAGAAGCUUGGACCUAUGAAAAACUGGCCCAUGAAGGAUCGUUUUGCUGUUCAGUUGGAAUUCAUCCUUUUCUGUCUCAAAUGCGGGAACACAGAGGACGCUCAUCAGGCUGCCUUAUCUGUCAUGCAGGAACGUGGUUUUGAGAGUGAUCCUGUCUCUAAUUUAGUUGUGGGCCUGACUUUUUAUCAGUUAUGGUAUUCUACUAUCCCGAAGGAGUUGCAUUUGCCAGAGUUGGACAGAUUUGAUAGCCCGGUGCAGUCAGAGAACUUCGAGGACAGAAUAUAUAUGUCCAUUUUAAAUUCAGAGAGGCAUGAUGCUGUUGAAGGCCAAGAGGCUAAUUCUCCGUUACAUUGUGAUUCAAACACCUCUAUUAGGAAUGACAAAGAGAUCUCGGGAGUUGAUCUCAGUCAACUGAGACAAGUGCCUGUGGUCUUUGAUGAUAAUGUGCCGGGAGAAACACGAAAUGACAAUUUUCAGGCACAAGAUUUUUACAUGAAUUCUGCUGAAAGAAGUGAUCAUGAAGGUUCUUCUAUGGGUCAUAGUGGUGAUGUGCCUUAUCAUUCCAUAUUCUACAGUCGCGGUCUUCCAUUGUGGUUAUUGCCUUUACAAUUGCCUUCCUCAAAUGAAAAUUUAGAGGAUGACCUCGCUAUGCACCGGACCUUGCGUAAUAACCAUUAUAAGAAUGCAAUAAAGUAUUUACGACAUGCUUUGUACUCGAAUCCACCAGCACUCGAGGCUUUUCAUCCUUUAAUACAGAUGCUGCUGCUCGGGGAUCAGGUAAAGGAGGCUCUUGAUGAGGUGGAAAAAUUUUCUCCGUACUCCGACACAUCAUUUCAGUUGAGGUUGAAAGCUGCUAUCUUGGAGCAUUUUGACAGUGGUAACUAUGUCAAACUUUCAACAAUGUUUGAGGAAAAUUUGGAAAAGGAUCCUACAUGUAGCCACUCAUUAGGGAGACUCAUCAGCUUGCAUAGAAGUGGAGAGUAUAGCACUGAAAAGCUUGUGGAAAUGAUAGCUUUGCAUUUGGAUGCUACUCUUGCAAAAUGUGACACAUGGAAGGAGUUAGCGUGUUGCUUCCUGAGACUUUCUCAGUGUGAAGAAGAUUGCAUGUCUGUGUGCUUCAAUGGUGAAGGUAGUGAGAAGCAAAAUUUCUCGAACCAGAUAAAUCAGAUUCCAAAAAUAUUUAGGAAUUAUGAAUCUAGCAAGUCUUGGACGUUUCGUUGCAGAUGGUGGCUGACACGUCACUUCAGCCAGAGCAUACUCACUUCAGAUAUUGGUUCAGGUGAUUGGGAACUGCUGACUUACAAGGCCGCGGUGGCAUGUUGCCUUUACGGGCGAGAAUUUAUGUAUGUAGUGAAAGCUAGGGAGUGUUUGGAAGAGGAAUCAAGUAAUAAGAAUAUGUCUUCCAUUUUGCACAUGCAUGCCAACAGUUGUACUGGAUUUUACUUCAAUGUACACAAGUAAUUUUGUGCUGAACUGCUAUCCUUUUC